AUGACGCUCCAUAUCCUCUUAGCAUUAUUUGCUACCUUCUAUGGCACCUCAGCAGAUUGUGGUACACCAGCAUCACUGUUGGAAGAAAAGUGCCUGGCGUAUCCAUCGUUGAGUUACUUUACAAAUGGAUUGUGCUACAUUCUGGAAUUAAGACAACCAAGAAGCGUUGAUGAAGUGAAGGCCGAUAAAUCAUCGAAUUAUGCCAAUAUAUGUCAACAUUUAAACGGUUACCGCGCGAGUCUUGCUGUUGUCGAUGAAGUUGUUAAAUAUCAACUGAAAGCUGUCGGAUUACUUACGGAGAGUCGAUACACUAUCACGGAAAAUCAAUUUUUUGCGACACAGAUUGAUACGACACAAAAAUAUUCAUAUUUAUGUCGAUAUGAAACUAAUUCAGAGGAUGAAUUCAAAUGUCCCGAAGGGUAUGCGUUGAGAGGACUUUAUUGCUACAAAAUCAACGUCAAUCCAAUGACACACAACGAUGCAGAGAUGGCUUGUCGUCGAAUGAACGGCUCAUUAGCGGUGUUGCAUGACGAAGAAACUGGACAGUUUAUCGCCAAUUUGGCCAUAAGAGAAGGUGUUAAUGCGAGAAACGUGCACAUAGGACUACGAUGGAACGAACAGAUCAAGCAAUGGAGCAACAGCGAUGCAACAUCAGUUGACUUCUUCAGAUGGCUGAACAAAGAGGAGGGUAUGAGUUUGUGUAUUGGAAUAGUCACAAUGAGUGGUACACUGCAACAAACGACCGAAGGCGUACUUAACGUGCAAGUGACUAAUGAGUACGGUGUUGGUACGUAUGGCUAUAUGGAUAUCGCUGAGAGCAAUCGAAGGUCUGUCUGUCUAUGUGGAAUUUGUUGCGAUAAUCCGACAUAA